AUGCGCCGGAUGAUUGAACUGCCGUGGGUAUUUGACUCCACCCCGUCGCCGUCCAUUAUCUACGAUAUCUUCGAUCGACUGUACCACCCGGACUCACUAAUCUUCAUCGAUGAGCAAUCGCGACAAGAUGAUACAGCUAUUGUUCUGCUCUAUGAACCUGAGCUUAAGGCUGUCAGGGUGCCUAUCAAUGGAGCGAAUUUGCUUCUUAGUGCUGUGACUGGGGGGAAAGCCACUCUUGAAGGGUCUCCAGUCGCAGACAGUCAUGAUUCGGAAGUAUGUUGUUUAUCAAAGUGCCAAGGUAGCUUCCUUACGACCAAACUAACUAAAGCCCAGGAGACUGAAGUAAUUCAAAAUCAGGAGGAGCCAUAUUCCUCUAAUAAGGAUUAUAUCGUCAUUAUCCUAGAAUCUAUGACCGAAGAGGAGCUAGAGAAGAUCAAGACAGAGUUAUUCUUGAAUUCUAAAGACUUCCACUGGAUCAACGUGUCAAGCAAACUGGAAUCUCCUGAUAUGGAAGGCCUACUCGCAUAUUUUGAAACUAAACGACAAAAGAGCCCAAAGUUUUUUAUUGCCGUUGACCGCAAGACCCUAGAAGUGGCCAACACUCCAGUCGACAAACGAUACCAGGCACCUGAGGUAAUCAUCGCAUCUCAUGAAGGCACACGCUUCUGGAUCAGUGAUGAUAUAGACCGUAGCCACGCUCUGGUUCACGCCGGUUAUGGCUACCAACGGACGACAGCCGAUUAUGCCGUGUUGGCUUAUGUUAAUUUAAUGGUGAGCAAUAUGGGGUUCUAUGACCUGUGCGAAGAGCACGAGGCUGUGUACUGGAAGGCGUGUAAAUCCUGGGCGGAGGAGAAUAUGGAGAGCGUUUUUCGUGGGGAGAGACGGUUAGCGUCUGCUUGGUAUCCGGCCCGGGGAGGAGGGGGACGUAUUGACUAUGAUGGGUGA